AUGAACACACAAUUCAAUUCCCAACAAUCAGUUUACUCGCUUCGUUCAAGUGAUUGUGAGUCUGAAGAUAAUAUAUCAUCUUUAGAAUCACCCAAUAAACCUUUAGCUUCACCACUAAAUAAUAAUAAAGUUAUAACUGCAAGUCUUCCGCAAAAGCGAAGGGCAGGACGAAAAAAGUUCAAAGAAACACGACACCCUGUUUUUCGAGGGGUUCGUGAGAGGGAUAGUGGAAAAUGGGUGUGCGAAGUACGUGAACCUAACAAGAAGAGUCGAAUAUGGCUAGGGACUUACCCUACUGCGGAAUUAGCAGCUAGGGCACACGACGUUGCAGCUCUAGCUCUAAGGGGAGACACCGCGACUCUCAACUUCCCUGAUUCGGCAUGGCUUUUCCCCCGUGCCAAGUCUACCUCAGCUCAAGACAUUAGGCUCGCAGCUCUGCAAGCCACUAGGUCUGAUCUUCAGUCUUUCUCGCCUUCUAAAAGUGAUAUUAAGAGCGUAGAGAAGGGAGAAAGUUCCCCAUGCUUUAAUGAAGUGAACAAUUUGGAGAAUUGUUUAGAAAAAGAUUCUAAAGAGUUACUAUUUUUUGAUGAAGAAGCCAUAUUUAACAUGCCUACGUUCAUUGAUAGUAUGGCUGCGGGUAUGCUUCUUACACCACCUUCCUUAAAAAGAGGGCAUAAUUGGAAUCAUGAAAUGGAUAAUGAGAAUGGAGAUAAUUGUUACAUUGAUUUGGAUUUGUGGUAAUAAUAUUGUUUGAUCAUAUCAAGCAAUACAAUAAUGGGGUUAUUAAUAUGUAU